AAAUUCCAAAAGAUUUGGAAUUCUUUUUUGAGACCCUAAACCUUACCUCUUCUACAAUAGACCUUGAUAAAAUGGAGCACAAUAAUGAAAACAAAUCAGAAUCUAUCGAGGAGGAUGCUACAAAUGAAAAAACUAAAAGGCAUCAAAUUGCAAUUAAUGAAUUAAUCAACAAACUAAAAUUAUGUUGUUCAUAUAAAAAGAAGUGUA